ACAAUAUCUUAUCUGCAGCCCAAGCAAAAGGUCCAAACGUGCAGCAGUUAGGUCAGUGGACAGCAACAUGACCCGCCACAUUGAGCUUAUGAGUAACAGGAAUAAGCUCAUACAUGACCUGUGGCGGAUAAGGGAGGAAACGGAAGAAGCUGCCCGCACUGAGCAUAGGACGAGGGUCCAGAAAGUGUACAAGCUGGCAGCGGACUUAGGUGUCAGUGCAGAGACGACACCGCAAUUGUUUCACGGAGUAAUGCACAUAGUGGAGUCUGACGCUCUUAUGGAGCUGUUCUUCAUCGCCACCCCUGCAGAAAGGCGCUUCAUGAUGGAGAACUACUCGAGGGCUGCUGUGACAUCAACAACUUCAACCCAUUACAAUAACAAUUGGGUUGAUGGUUUCUUCGAUUUGCUUGAGCUUGCUUUGGCAGAUGAAGACGAGGAAGCCUUCUUCGAUGAUAUGUAUGAAUAUGCCGUGCAUGCUGAAAAGCAUUUGAGUAGAGCACCAUACAGGCAACCUCAAAUGACCGGUUUGGAAUGGGUACAGAGGAAGUUGGGGGAUACGAAGUCCUGUUACAAAAUGUUUAGAAUGAGCCCAGAUAUGUUUCAUAGCCAGCAUUCCCUGCUUGUACAGUCUUAUGGCCUCAAAUCUAGUACCAAAUCCACCUCGAUUGAGACUCUAGGGAUGUUUCUUUGGAUGCUUGGGGCCCCUCAAUCAGUUAGGCAAGCUGAGGAUAGAUUUGAGAGAUCAUUGGGGACAGUUAGCAAAUUGUUCACCAAAGUUUUGAAGAGUGUGGUAAAGCUUGCUGCCGACAUCAUAAAGCCUGUGGACCCACAAUUCAGCACAAUGCAUCCUAGACUAGGGAACCAUAGGUUCAUUCCCUACUUCAAAAAUUGCAUAGGGGCCAUAGAUGGAAUUCAUGUACCCUGUGUGGUGCCGAAGAAUCUGUUCAUGCAGCAUUUGAGUCGGAAGGGGAUGACCACACAAAAUGUUAUGGUUGCCUGUGACUUUGACAUGAGGUUUACAUUUGCUGUCAGUGGAUGGCCUGGAUCUGUUCAUGAUAUGAGACCCUUCAAUGAUGCAACGACAACAUAUAGCCAUGUGUUUCCACAUCCACCAGCAGGGAAGUAUUACCUAGUGGACUCGGGGUAUCGCAACCAGGUUGGAUACCUAGCUCCUUACAAGGGAACAAAGUACCAUCUGCAGGAGUAUAGGAAUGCCGCACCACCACAAGGUAUGGAAGAGACCUUCAACUAUGCACAUUCUUCCCUCAGGAAUGUCGUUGAGAGGUCUAUUGGUGUGCUGAAAAUGAAGUGGAGGAUGCUGGAGGAGAUACCUGGUUAUGCACCGCAAAACCAAAGCGAAAUCAUACAGGCAGCAUGUGCAUUGCAUAAUUUCAUUAGGAAUAGUGGCUUGCGGGAUAGACACUUUGAUCGUUGUGACCGUGAUGAGAACUCUGUGCCGCAUCAAGCAUUUGAGGAUCAGCAGGAGACUGAAGAAGUGGAAGAUGAACUGGACAACAUGAAUGCGUUUCGGGAUUCGAUUGCGCUUGCUUUGUUUUACCGUAAUUGACAGUUUGUUCGAACUGUGUAUGUGUGUGAGAUGGACAUGGACAUGUGCUGUUUUGUUUGUGAAGAAAAUGUGUAUGCUUGCGAACUGUUCGUUUGUGGUUCAAUGACGGUAAUAGUGUUCAUAUC